AUGAGAGCCGCCGCGUCGACUGUGGCUAUCAGCACAUCAUCCGUGUGUGCGGAGGGCGCGGACGCGCAGCGGACGAGCCUGCCAUUCGUUGUCUUCGAGCUCGUCAUGGCCUCGCUAUGCACUUUUAGCUAUUUUAUAAUGCGACGUCUGCGCCGACUGUCAGAGCUGCGCGCGCAACAGCGCUACGAUAGGCUGAGUCGCAUUGAAGUAGGAUUCGGCGCCAACACCAACGCCUCAGAUCGCACGGUAGCGCUGUAG